AAGGCGUGAACUUAGCCUCACGCGCCCCCCCCCCCCCCCCAGCCGCUCACCACUCCCCACCGCAACUCCCACCACGCUCAUCCUCACCACGAUCACCACCACCCAACCACCACCACCAUCCUCUGAGAGUUACGUCAUCGCCGCUCAGUCCAACCCGCACACCCCACACACCCCGUCUCCUACCCACCCUUCCUCCUCCUGCCCCUACUAUAUCCACCCGCCCAGCCCAAACCUUCCCAAUCAUCAUCAUCAUCAUCACCACCGCCACCAUCAUCAUCAUCAUCAUCGUCUGGCCACAUAGGCGGGCGCGUCGUCGCCUCGAAGCCACGGCGAUCAGGAGGCGCCGGGUCGCAUGGCACGCGAGUUCUGCGCCACCGCCGCGGACAUUGUAGCCGGGAACGCCGAGCGAAGGGCUCGUGAAGGUCGCAGUGCGUCGUUCGGCCGUAGCCCGGAGUCCAACCUCUGCGCCAACACUGCGGGGGUCAGCGGCGGUGGUGGUGGUGGCAGUGGCGGUGGCGGUGCAGGAGGAGGAGGCGGCGGUGGUGGUGGUGGCGCUGGCGCUGAACUCCAGGCGGCGUCAUUCGCGUGCGCGUGCCUGAGCGCGGCUCUGCUCGCUGUCAUCGCCGUGUUCCUCGCCGCGUUUCUGUUCGGCGUCGCCGGCGUAGCCGUCGGCUGGUUCUCACGCUCCGUCCGAAGGCGUCGCUCAUGCGGAGAAAGUGAACCGCAUCAUCAUCAUCAGCAGCAGCAGCAGCAGGAGCAGGAGCAUCAUCAUCAGCACCACCAUCAGCAGCAGCGGGAGCAGCAGGAGCAUCAUCGUGAACGUGAAUUCUGCAAGCGCAACAGAGCAACGCGAUCUCGCUUGCCGGAGAGAGAUUCUCCCAGUCACAGGGCUAUGACUCCUCCCGACCACGAGGUGGAGAAGGUCAGCCCGCAGGUGCGGAGCCCCCUGGAGGCGCAGCGCCCCGUGGACCCCGUGGGCUCCGCGGACACCGGCGUGGGGGCGCUGGGCCUGGCCCCAUCCCGCGUGCGCCGGCGCCGGUUUGCUCCACGGGACCGCACCUACCUGGCCUUCCACGCCACGACCUCCCCCGACACCAAGGUCAGCGGCCGCAUCUUCCAGCGAUCCAUGUCUUCCUCCGACCUGGGCCUCUUCUCUGACGACGACAACGCGGGGCUGAGGUCGCGGCGCUCCCACCGGGACGACGACGGCGGCGACGGCGGCGACGACGACGACGACGACGAGGAGGAGGACGACGACGACGACCGGCUGAGCGUGAAGUCCGACUCCCUGCAGUGGCUGCAGGCGGGCGACACCCUGCCGUGGAACCUGCCGCGGCACCAGCGAGCCAAGAUGCGGCGACCUCACGAGUCGGUGCUCGACCCGGCGGAGAGGGCCGUCCUUCGCAUCGCCGAUGAGCGAGACCGCGUUCAGAAGAAAACUUUCACGAAAUGGGUGAACAAGCACCUGAUGAAGGCACGGAAGCACCUGAACGACCUCUACGAGGAUCUCCGCGAUGGCCACAACCUCAUCUCCCUGCUGGAGGUUCUGUCCAACGAGACGCUGCCGCGGGAGAAGGGAAGGAUGCGAUUUCAUCGGCUCCAGAACGUGCAGAUCGCACUGGACUACCUGAAGCAUCGCAAGAUCAAGUUGGUGAACAUCCGAAAUGACGACAUCACAGAUGGCAACCCCAAGCUGACCCUGGGGCUCAUAUGGACCAUCAUCCUGCACUUCCAGAUCUCGGACAUCCAGGUGACGGGCCAGUCCGAGGACAUGACGGCCAAGGAGAAGCUGCUGCUCUGGUCGAAGCGCAUGGUGGAGGGCUACCCCGGGGUCAAGUGCGACAACUUCACCACCUCCUGGCGCGACGGCAAACUCUUCACCGUCAUCAUCCACAAGCACAAGCCAGAGCUGGUGGACCUCAAGCAGGUGCACGGCCGCUCCAACCAGGAGAACCUCGAGUUCGCCUUCUCCACCGCCGAGCGGGAGCUGGGGGUCACCAGGCUCCUGGACCCCGAAGACGUGGACGUGGCAUCACCCGACGAGAAGUCGAUCAUCACCUAUGUGUCCUCGCUCUACGACGCCAUUCCCAAGGCUCCCGACGGCGCCAACGCUAACGAGGUUGAGACGCAGUGGCGCGAGUACCAGGAGCUCGUCGUGCUGCUCCUGCAGUGGCUGCGACACCACGUGACCGUCAUGUACACGCGCAACUUCCCCAACAACCCUGCCGAGCUCAAGGCCUUGUACAACCAGUACCUGCAGUUCAAGGAGAUGGAGCUGCCCCCGAAAGAGAGCGACAAGAUGCGAAUCAAAACACUCUACAAGUCUCUGGAGGCGUGGAUUCUCGCCGGGCGCAUCAAGCUGCCCCAGGGCCAGCACCCGAACGACGUGGAGAAGGAGUGGGGCCGGCUCAUCGUCGCGAUGCUCGAGAGGGAGAAGGAGCUGCGGCCCGAGAUCGAGAGGCUGGAGAUGCUGCAACGGGUGGCGCUGCAGAUCCAGCAGGAGUCGGGCGUGUGCGAGGAGAAGCUGAUGCGCGCCGAGCGGCUGCUGCACAUGGAGCUGCAUGCGGGCGGCACGGCGGGCCCAGGCGCCACGGAGCUCGAGGUGACGCUGGGCGAGCUGGACGCGCUCAUCCGCAGCAUGUUCGCCAACGUGCAGACGCUCAAGGACGGCCGCUACUUCCAGGCGGAGAACAUGUACCGGCGGGUGUUCCAGCUGCACGAGCGAGUGGUGGCGCUGCGCUCCGAGCACCGCACGGCGUUCUCCCCGAGCCGCGCGGCCGGCUCGGCCGUCGAGACGCAGACGGCGCGUGCGACGCUCGAGACGCAGACGACGCAGACUGACCGGGGUCAGGGCAAGCUGCAGCAGCAGCAGCUGCAGGUGAAGCUGAAGCACCCGCAGCCUCAGCAGCGGCGUUCGCCUGGAGGGUCGACCGCUGAGGAGGAGGCGACGGUGUCACUCCGAGACCUCCUACAGUGGGUGGAGACGCAGCAGGUGGCGCUGGAUGCGGCGGAGUGGGGGACGGACCUCCCAGCCGUGGAGGCCAACUUGGAGGCCCACCGAGGCACGCACCGCGACAUCGAGGCCUUCCGUGCUCGCCUCGAGCAGGCCAAGGCUGCCGAGCCCAAGGUCAGCUCGGCGAACAGGGGCACCUACAGCGAGUACCUGGGGCGCCUGGAGCUGCAGUACACGCGCCUGCUGAACUCGUCGCGUGGACGCCUGCGCCACCUCGAGAGCCUGGAGCGCUUCGUGUCGCGCGCCACGCACGAGCUCAUGUGGCUGAACGCACGCGAGGAGGAGGAGGUGGCGCACGACUGGAGCAACCGCAAUCCGGACGUCGCCAGCAAGCGCGAGUACCACGAGGAGCUGAUGAAGGAGCUCGAGAAGAAGGAGGUGGAGCUGAACGCUCUGCGUGACGGUGGCGAGCAGCUGCUCGUGCAGAACCACCCGGCUCGGGAGACCAUCGAGGCUUACUUGGCCGCCAUCCAGUCCCAGUGGCAUUGGAUUCUGCAAAUCUGCAGCUGUGUGGAGACCCAUCUCAAGGAAAACACGACCUUCUUCCAGUUUUUCGCGGAGGCUCGGGAGGGCGAGCAUCGCCUGAACUCGCUGCUCGAGUCGAUCCAGCGCAAGUACACGUGCGAUAAGAGCAGCAGCCUCUCCCGCCUCGAGGACCUGGUGCAGUGCUCCAUGGACGAGAAGGAACAGCUGGUGGAGUUGAAGCGCACCGUGGCCGGGCUGGUCGGGCGAGCCAAAACCAUCGUGCAGCAGAAGCCUCGCAACCCUGAGAACCGCGUGGCCGCUUCGAUCCCCAUCCGAGCUGUCUGCGACUACAAGCAGAUGGAGAUCACGAUUCACAAGGGCGAGGAAUGCGCCCUGGAGGACAACUCCCAGCGGAGCAAGUGGCGCGUGAUCAACCCGACGGGCAACAUCGCCACCGUGCCCUCCGUGUGCUUCCUGGUGCCGCCCCCUAACCCCGACGCCAUGGAAACCGCCGCCAGGAUUGAGCAGCUCUACCAGAGCGCCAUGGCGCUGUGGCACCAGCAGCAUGUGAACAUGAAGAGCGUCGUGUCCUACCUCUACCUCAUCAAGGACAUCGAGAUCAUCCGCUCGUGGAACGUCAUCACGCUCAAGUCGCUGCCGCAGCAGGAGUACGAGCGGGUGGUGCGGAGCGUGCAGGUGCGCUUCCAGGACUUCCUGGAGGACUCCCGCGAGUCGCAGCUCAUCUCCACGGCCGACCACGCGCGCGUGCAGGCCGACGUCGAGGCGUGCCGACAGCACUUCGACGCGCUGCUCAGCGCCAUGCGGCAGGAGGAGGAAGGCGAGAGCCUCUGUGGCUCGCUGCUCUCGCGCCUGCAGAAGGUGCGGCUGCGGCUGGAGGGCUGCGAGGAGCGCGUGAUCCGCCAGAUCCGAACUCCGCUCGACCCCUCGGACCCCCUGCAGGACAGCCUGCAGCGCAUCGCGGAGCAGGAGGCGGUCGUGCAGGACCUGGGCAAGGUGGAGGCUGAAAUGUCGUCGCUGGACAAGGAGAGUCGGGAAGCCCUUGCCGCGCAGCCCGGCCAGUCGCACAGCGUGUCCUCGCUCGCGUCGGAGCUCGCCCUCACCACCCAGAAGCUAGUGCAGGUCAAGGCCCUGUCGACGGUCUACCUGGAGAGGCUGAAGAGGAUGAGCACGCUGGUGGGAAGCCUGCAGGAGGCCGAUGUUCUGCUGAAGGAGCUGGAGGGUCACCUGUACGAGGAGGAGACUGUUCCCACCGACCCGGCCACAGUCAGCACCUACAUCGCGCAGCUACAGGCCUGGGCGAAGGAGGCGGAAGAGACGGAGGGCCGCAAGGGUGGCCCGCUGGCGUCGCUGGACGUACACCUGCGGGCGGCGCGCGAGUCGGGCGGGCGGAUGCUGAGCGAGCACGGCGAGCGCGACCCCGACCUGGAGCGCGUGGCGGAGCGUGCCGAGCACACGCUGGAGCGCUGGCAAAGCGCGCGCUCUCAGAUCCGUGCCAGGCUGAAGGAGCUGGAGGGCCUGGCGAAGGUUCUGCGGUCGUACCGAGAGAGCGCCGUUUGGCUGGAGGCUUGGCUUGACAAGACCAUGAAGCUACAGGAGAAGGUGCAGGCGAGCAAGAUUGAGGACGUUCGGGGCCUGGAGGAGCAGCUGGAGAAGCAGAAGGCUCUGGCGAUGGACAUCGAGAAAAAUCAGGUCAAGGUGGACGAAUGCCAGAAGUACUCGGAGCAGUACUCGCUGGCCGCCAAGGACUAUGAGCUGCAGCUUAUGACCUACAAGGCCAUGGUGGACACACACCAGAGGUCGCCGGUGAAACGUCGCCGUCUACUCUCCACCAGCGACUCCAUCAUGCAGGAGUACAUGACCCUGCGGACCCGAUACACGGCGCUGGUCACUAUGACGAGCCAGUACGUGAAGUUCAUCAGCGAGACACUCCAGCGUCUGCAGGGAGAGCAGAGGCAAGCAAAACAGCUGAGCCAGCAGCCGCAGCAACAGCAACAGCUGCAGCAGCAACACAGCGAAGCCCAGGAUGCCCUCCGACGCCUUGCUGACAUUCAAGACGAACUGGAGCGCCAGCGCCAAAUCUCGGAGAACUACGCACGUGGCAAGGCCCAGGCAGAAGAGGAGGCAGACCGCCUUAGGCAGCAGAUCCAUUACGACGCCAGCAAGCGGCGGUCCUACGCAGAGGCCACAUCAUCCCAGAAGGAGGCCCUGGACCAGCAGGUGGUGGAACUGCGGCAGAACUCGAAUGCUGAGGUUCGCCGGCAGGCUGCCCUGGUAAAUGAUGCCGUGAGCCAGAGGAAGCAGGUCGAGGAGGAGAUCCUCAUAAUCCGCAUGGAGCUUGAGAGGGCCUCUCGUCGUAAGGAUGAAGCGGAGGAUGAACUGGAUGCCCUCCGAGCCAGAGCAGAGGAGGCCGAGAGACGGCGGAAGGCCGCUGAGCAAGAGACUGCCAAAUACCGUCAGCUGGCCGAGACAGAGGCUCGGCGCAAGGAGGAGGCCGAGGCGGAGCUCAAGAAAAAAAUAGCAGCCGAACAAGAGGCUGCAAAUCAGAAGAGAGCAGCCCUCGCUGAGGUAGAGAGACUCAAGAAGAUCGCUGAGGAGGCCCAGAAUAGAAAGCAGCAAGCGGAAGAGGAGGCAAAGAAGCAAAUCGCUGUUGCUCAGGAGGCGUUCCAGAAGAGUGCAGAGGCUGAGAUCCAGGCCCAGAAGGCCACCUUUGUGGAGCUGCAACAAAUGCAGCAGGAGGAACAGACAAUGAUUGUGGACUUGAAGAGGGAGGCAAUGCUACGCAAGAAGGUUGCAGACGACGCAGAAAGGGCCCAGGCGACCGCCAAGGCUGAGCUCGAGAUGUGGAUGCAAAAAGCACAGGAGGCCUUGGAGCAGAAAAAUAAGGCCGAGGAAUUGGCCCGAGAAAAAAGCCAGGCUCAGCAGGAAGCCGAGAAACAAAAAGCAGCUGCUGAGCGUGAGGCUAAAGCCCGGGGUGAAGCCCAGCAUCUGGCGCAGAAGCAGAAAUCGCAGGCUGAGGACGAGCUGGGUAAACAGCUCAAGCUUUCCGAGAAGACGACGCAGCAGAAGCAACAGGCAGAACAGGAGGUGAAGAGACUGCUCAUACUCAUGCAAGACUCGGAGCAGCAGAAGUCGCUGCUCGAAGACGAACUUCAGAGGCUUAAGGCCGAGGUGGCUGAAGCGAUAAGGCAGAAGACCUUGCUGGAGGAGGAGCUGGCCAAAGUCCGAUCACAGAUGGACGAACUCAUUAAGCUUCGGUUCAAAGUAGAAGAGGAGAACCAGCUGAAGGCAAAUGCUGAAAAAGAGAAGACUGAGAAGAUUCUUGAGGAAGAAGCCGCCAAGAUGAAGCAGCUUGCAGAAGAGGCGGCUCGUCUCAAGAAGCUGGCUGACGAGGCCAUGCAGCAUCGGCGAAUAAUGGAAGAAGAGACUUCCCGGCAGCGUGCGGAGGCAGAGAAGGCGCAUAAAGAAAAAUUGCUCAUCAUUCAGCAGGCCAGCCAACUUAAGGAUGAUGCAGAGAGAGUGCUGCAAGAACAAGCGGAGGAGAACGAGCGGCUGAGACACCUGGCAGAAGAGGAAGCCAAGCAAAGGAAGCUCCUUGAAGAGCAAGCUGCACAGCAGAAACAAGCUAUUGAGGUGGAGAUGGCCGAAAUCCAGAAGCACUCAGAGCUGGAGAUUCAGAGGCAAAAGCUCUUGGUCGAAGAGACUAUUUUUCAGAGACGACAAAUUGAGGAGGAAAUCCAUAUCAUCAGGGUGAAUUUUGAAAAUGCCUCCAAGGGAAAGGCAGAUCUGGAAAAGCAGCUGCAAAAACUUCAAGUGGCAACGGAGGAGACAACUCGCCUGAAAGAGAAAGCAGAAGGGGAGGCCGCACAACUGAAGAAGCUUGCUCAGGAAGAAGCCAUGAAGAAAAAAGAGGCAGAGCAAGUCGUUCAGAAACAAGUUCAAGCUGAAAAGCUUGCUGCAAGUCAGUUCCAGGUUGCUCAGGAAGAGCUGGAGCAACUGAAAAAAAAAGCAGAGGAAGCGCUUGCGCUGAAACAGAAGGCAGAGGAUGAGGCAGCCAAAAGAGUUAAACUAGCAGAGGAUGCUGCACAGAAACGUCUGGCAGCAGAGGAGAAGGCCCGCCUCGCCGCACUGGCUGAGAAGGACGCAGAGUUCAACAAGGUUCGGCAGCAGGACGAGGAGAUGUUGACCAAACUCAGGGAUGAGGCAGAGUUGGCACGGAAGGCCGCAGAAGAAGCAGAUCAGGCGAGACUGGCCGCCGAGCAAGAGGCAAAUAACCUGCGAAAGCAAGCGGAGCAGGUGUUCCUGCUGCAGUCUCAGGCGGAGGAAGAUGCGCAGCUAAAAGCCCUUUUGCAGGGGGAGGCCGAGAGGCUGAGGAAAGAGGCAGAGAACGAAGCCGCAAUGAGAGCUCGUGCCGAGCAAGAGGCCCUGAACUUGAAGCAACUCGCCGAAGAGGAGUUUGAGCGACAGAGGCUGCUGGCGGAAAAUAUAAUGCAUCAGAAGGAAACGGCAGAAAACGAACUUGCAAAAAUGCGACAUUUGCUUAAAAAAACACAGAAGCAAAAAGGUCUGCUUGAAGACGAACUCAAUCGACUGAAAGCCCAAGUAAUGGAAGCUAUUCAGCAAAAAAGCUUGGUGGAAGAUGAACUGGCUGAGGUGAAGGCCCAAAUGGAAGAUCUCCUGAGGCUUAAAGGCAAGACUGAAGAGGAAAACCGGCAGAGAGCCGCAGCAGAGUCUCAGAACAUUCAGAAGAUCUUAGAGGAAGAGGCCACAAAGAUGAAAAGCCUUGCUGAGGAAGCCUCUAAGCUGCGUGCAAAGAGUGAGGAAACUGCCAAAUUGCGGCAACAGGCGGAGGAGGAGCUGGCCAAACAGAAGGCCCUCGCUGAUUGUCUCGCACAAGAGAAAAUGCAGGCAGUGGAAGAAGCCAACAAACUUCGCGCAGACGCUGAAGUGGAAGCUGAACAACGUAGACUUCUUGAGGAGCAGUCGGCCCAGCAGAAAAGGGCGAUCGAGGAAGAGAUGGCAAAAAUCCAGAAGCAGUCUGAAAUUGAACUCCAUCGCCACAAAAUAAUGGUCGAGGAGACUAUAUUGAAUCGCCGUCAGAUUGAGGAAGAAAUACGGAUAAUCAGAUUGGAGUUUGAAAAUGCGUCUAGAGGUAAACAAGAGCUUGAAGCACAGUUGCAGGUAAUUGUAAAGGAGGCGGAAGAAACAGCACAACUUAAGAAAAAAGCUGAAGAUGAAGUAGCCCAAUUGAAGAUGGUGGCUCACGAGGAAGCCGUGAAGAAGAAAGAGGCAGAUGAGGUCGUUCAUCAGAAAUUUGAGGCUGAAAAGCUUGCAACGAGUCAGUUCCAGGCUGCUCAGGAAGAGCUGGAACGUCUCAAGAAAAAAGCGGAGGAAGCUCUCGCCCUGAAGCAGAAAGCGGAGAGUGAAGCCACUAACCAGGUCAGGCUCGCAGAGGAGGCUGCGCAAAAACGUCUGGCGGCAGAGGAGAAGUCCCGCCUUGCCGCACUGGCUGAGAAGGACGCAGAGUUCAACAAGGUUCGGCAGCAGGACGAGGAGAUGUUGACCAAACUCAGGGAUGAGGCGGAGUUGGCACAGAAGGCCGCAGAAGAAGCAGACCAGGCGAGACUGGCUGCUGAGCAAGAGGCAAAUAACCUGCGAAAGCAAGCGGAGCAGGUGUUCCUGCUGCAGUCUCAGGCGGAGGAAGAUGCGCAGCUAAAAGCCCUUUUGCAGGGGGAGGCCGAGAGGCUGAGGAAAGAGGCAGAGAAUGAGGCCGCAAAGAGAGCUCGUGCCGAGCAAGAGGCCCUGAACUUGAAGCAACUCGCCGAAGAGGAGUUUGAGCGACAGAGGCUGCAGGUGGAAAAAACAUUACAACAAAAAGCAGAGGUGGAAAAGGAGUUCAACAACAUGCGUGCACUCCUGCAAAAAACCGAGCAUCAAAAAUCUCUCCUGGAGGAUGAACUGAACCGACUCAAACUCGAAGUUGCAGAGACAACCAGACAGAAACAAUUGGUGGAGGAGGAACUUGCAUUACUCAAAGCCCAAAUGGAGGAGCUCCUCAGGCAAAAAAACCAGGCUGAGGAAAUGAACAGAUUGCAUGCACUGUCUGACUCGCACAACAUGCAAAAGGUCUUGGAGGAUGAAGCACAGAAGAUGACACUUCUUGCCGAAGAGGCCACUCGCCUUCGAUCAAAGGCAGAGGAGUCCACGAACUUGCGGCAGCAGGCCGAAGCUGAGCUGGUGAAACAGAGGGCCCUGGCGGAACAGCUGGCCCAGGAAAAGAAGCAAGCCAUCGCCGAGUUCAACCGACUUCAGUCCGAAUCGAGCAAGGAGGCUCAGAAGCUUGUCAAAGAUCGCCAAAAGAUUGAGCAGCAGCUGGAGAGCAAGACCCAGGCCUUUCAGCGGACCUUGGACGAGGAGCGGCGCAGGCAGCAGGAGGCGUCGUCCGAGGCGGACCGUCUAAGGCAACACAUCGAAGAGCUGACCAAGGAACGAGCACAGGCCCAGGAAGAGGCCAUUCGAGAGAAGGCCCAGGCAGAGGAAAUUAGUCGGCAGAGGCUCGAGGCAGAGAAGCAGGUUCUCCUGAAGGUGAAGCAGCUGCAGGAAACGGAGGUGGACAGCAGAAGCGAGAAGGAGCUGAAGAUGGAGAGUGAGGUGGUCAAACUGAGGUGCUUCAUCGUCACACUGGAGCAAGAGAAGGAGAGGCUGAGACAGGAGGCGGAAAAGUUUCAUAUUCAAGCUACGCAGGUGGCUCCACAAGAGACCACUACACACCCCAAGGAAGUCGUGAUUUUUCAGAGGGAGUUUCUUCAAGACAGCGCCUCUCAAAUGGAUGAGAACGAAGCCCUCUUGUUGAAGCAGAAGUUUCUGGAUGAGGAGAAGGCCCGGCUCCAGAAGAUGUAUGAAGAGGAGCUCAGGAAAACUAAAGCUCAGCUGGAGGCCGAGGCCAAAAUCCGCCACCAGCAAGAAGAAGAAAAUGUCCAGCUGAGACUUCAGAUGCAGGAAGCUCUGCAGCAGCAGCAACGUGAGCCUCCUAUGUAUCAGCUGCAGCAGCAGAGCAGUCCUGGCUUCGGAAGGGAAGUCAUUGACAUGCUGGAGCAACAAAGAAUGCAAGCAGAGGCGGACAAGCUGCUUGCUGAACAGGAGAAGGACGAGCUUCUGAGAAAGCUCAGGGAGCUUGAGGAAAACCAUCAGAGGGUGGAGCAUGAAAGGAAGCUUGAGAUGGAGCGGCUUGACCAGAGAACAAAACUCGAGCUGCAGAAGCUGGAGGAGCAACGGAGGGUCGACCUCCAACAGAUGGAGGAACGCAAGAGAAUUGAGUUUCAGGAGAUUGAGGAGCUCAAGAGAGUGGAACUCCAGAAGAUUGAGAAGCAGAGAUUGUUGUUGCAAAUGGAGGAAGAACGAAGGCGGCUUGAGCUUGAGCAGCAAAAAUUGCAAGUGCAGAACGUGGGUGGACAGAACCAUAGCAAUGGUGGGCUAGAGUUGAGCGUUUCUACUAGUGUUGCUGCAAAUGCCCCCAGCAUCACAGUAACCGAUUACAAUGCUGCUGCUGCCCCAGAGACAGAAAUAACAUACACUUACACGAUUGAAGAUGCCAAAAAAGCUCUGGAGGAUGAGAUAGUAGAGAUCCCAGUGGGAGAUAUGGCCGGGAAAAAGAUGACCGUUUGGGAGGUCCUUUACGAUACCAACUUUAUUGGCGAUGAGAAACGGAAUGAACUGAUUGUACAGUACCGCACUGGAAAGAUCACCAUCAAGCGCAUCAUCAUAAUAAUCAUCGAAAUCAUUCAAGACAGGGAGCUCAUUCGCACAGGGAAGAAGGAGGUCACCUUCAAGGGCCUGCGUCGCCAGGUCACCCUGAGCGAGCUACUCAAUUCCAACAUAUUGACUGCGGAGAUGGCAAAGCAGCUCAGGGAGGGAUCGAGAUCAAUAGACGAGGUCUCAGGCACUAUCCGAGGGUAUCUUGAAGGUACAAGCGGCAUUGCCGGUUUGUACAUCGAAGCGACAAGGGAGAAGCUUCCAUUGUACAGUGGCAUAAAGCGGGGAUUCUUACGGCCUGGCACAGGACUAGUGUUGAUGGAGUCGCAGGCAGCAACAGGAUAUAUGAUUGAUCCUGUGAAUAACAUAAAGAUGUCUGUCGAUGAGGCAGUGAAAAGGCGCCUGGUCGGUCCAGAAUACCUCGACAAACUUCUCUCUGCAGAGCGUGCUGUGACCGGUUACAUUGAUAAGUUUUCUGGUGAAGUCAUGUCUCUCUUCCAAGCCAUGAAGAAAGGGCUGAUAAUCAAGGAGCACGGCAUCCGCCUUUUAGAGGCGCAGAUCGCCACGGGAGGCAUCAUUGACCCGCAGGCCAGCCACCGUAUUCCCGUGGAGAUGGCCUACACGCGAGGGCUCUUUGAUGAGGAAAUGAACCAAAUUUUGCUCGAUCCCAGUGACGACACCAAGGGAUUCUUCGACCCAAACACUGAAGAAAAUCUCUCUUACUUGGACCUGUUUCAGCGCUGCAUCAAAGACCCCGCCACGGGGCUUUCUCUUCUACCAAUCAAGGAGAAGAAAAAAGAGCGGAAGAUGUCCUCCAAAUCGUCUGUGAGGAAGCGCAAAGUUGUCAUCGUUGACCCAGACACCAACGAAGAGUUAACAGUUUACGAAGCUUACAAGAGGAAGCUGAUUGACCAUCAGACCUACAUCCAGCUGUCCGAGCAAGAGUGCGAAUGGGAGGAGAUCACAACCACAACCGGCGAUGGUGUUGUGUCCUCCAUUUUGGUGGACCGACGCACAGGCCACAAUUUCAGCAUUGAGGAGGCCUUGAAGAAGGGAGUGAUUACGCAGAGCACCAUGACGCAGUAUCGUUCGGGAAAGCUCGCAAUCACAGAGCUCGCUGACCUCUUGUCUGGAAAGUUGACCUCGAGCAGCAGCACAGACUAUCACUCCAGAAUGACCACCCUCAGCACCAGCAGCAGCAGUUCCAUUAUACCAGGCAGCCCAAUGCUUAGCCCAGAUCCCAGCCGGGUUCUAGGCAUGUGGAACGAUCCUGUUGAGGAGACACAGCCAGUAGGCGGAAUCUUGGAUAACCAAAAGCUUGAAAAAAUCUCCAUCUACGAAGCUUUGCAGCGCAAGCUGGUGGACAAUUUCACUGCCCAGAGGCUACUGGAGAUUCAAGCAUGCACAGGAGGUAUCAUCGACCCAACGACUGGGAGGCGAUACAACUUAAGGGAUGCCGUCACAUACGGCCUUCUGGACAAUCGUUUAAUUCAGAUGGUGUCCGUUGCCGAGAAGGCCUUCACUGGCUACGAAGACCCCAUUACAAAGAUGAAGGUGCCAAUCAUGGUGGCAAUGAAGAAAGGGCUGAUCACCUAUGAGUCGGGCCGCCGUUUCCUGGAGGCUCAGUACCUUACGGGUGGCAUCGUGGACCCAGGCACUGGGCAGCGCAUAACCCUGGAAGACAGCGUCAACUGGGGCCUGGUGGAUCUCGUUCUGGUGCAGAAACUCCGCGACAUCCAUUCGCACUUCAAGUACCUCACGUGCCCAAAGAGCCGCACACGCAUGUCCUACAAGGAGGCAAUGGACCGGUGCAUGGUGGAUUCGGAGAAUGGAGUCCGGCUGUUGGAGGCCAGCGGCGUCAUUGGCAUCAGCGGAGGCUUGGGCUCCGCAUACGGCUCGCAAUCAGGCUCGCGUUCGGGCUCCAGGCCCGGCUCGCGAAGGGGAAGUUUCGAUGCGGGCGUGGGCCAGGGCCUCAUGGGGUUCGGAUCUCCAAUGAGUUUUUCGUCUGGCAAUGCUUCUGGGUACACGUCAUACUCGUACUCGCGUCGUUACCAAUCGCUGGCCGAGAGUCAGGAGGAGCACCUGACUCGCUCGGAGCGGCUGGUGGGCUGGGUGCAGGCCAUGCAUCGCUCGCUCGGGGAGAAGCAGCGGCGGGACAGCGGUGAGGGAGGUGCGGGUGGUGAGGAGGGCAAGAGGGAGCCGUCGGAUGCAGCUGAGCUGGAGCGCAGCCUCAAGGAGCAACAGAGCUUCGCGGAGGAGCUGUCUGGCCGCAAGGAGGAGAUCGCCGAGGCCAUCCAGAGAUCCCAGACCUUCCUCGCCCUCUGCGGAGACAAGCUGACCCCGGAGCAGUACCAGGCGGUGGAGUCUCAGACGCAGCAGCUGAAGCAGGCGUACGAGGCUCUGUGCGAGCAGUCGUCGGCCUACACGCAGGAGCUGCAUCACAGCCUGCAGCAGGAGAACAGCAUCAAGGUGGACGAUGUAAUCUCCGGAGUGGUGGACCUGUGUACCAUGGAAACCUUCCCAAUAUUCCAUGCCAUGCUCAAAGGCCUGAUCGAUCAGGAGACGGGCCUGGCCCUUCUAGAGGCACAGGUGGCCACAUCGGGCCUCGUAGAUCCUCGCUCCUCACGUCGCCUUCACCUGGAUGAAGCCCUGGCCGAAGGUCUCAUGGAUAAGAACACGGCUGAGAGCCUGUGGGAGCUCGAGUCCGCCCUGAGUCGCGUCCACGCAGCUGGCCUUGAAGAUGUUGGAGGUUUGAUUUUAAUUGCGACAGCGCUGGAAAGAGGGCUGAUGUCAGAAGCCAUUGCUGUGAAGUUGAUGGAAGUCCAAUUGACAGCAGUUGGACCUCAAAAUUGCACUUCUGUGCCAGAAGUAUUCUUAAGGCUGCAGGAGAAGUGGAGGAUGCACACACAGCCUCUGAUCGACCCGAACACGGGAGAAAAGCUCACCCUCGCAGAGCUGACCGGCAGAGCCAUCGCUGAUCCAGAAACGGGGCUCCGCCUGCUGCCCGUCACCCAGACGGCCUGCGGCAUGAUUUCACUCAAGCCCGGCCGGAGGGUAAGCAUUUGCCGUGCUGUCAAGGAAGGCCUCGUGGACCGACAAGUCACUGUGAGGCUUCUUGAAGCCCAGCUUUUCGCUGGCGGCAUCGUGGACCCACGCACGGGCCACCGCCUGACUGUCGAAAAAGCACGGCGCCAUGGCCUGAUUGACCGGGAAAUGGCGAACGAGCUGGUGGUGCGGCAGACCAAAGCCGGCGGGGUCAUCGACCCUGCAACGGGCGACAGGCUCGAUCUGGAGGAGGCUAUAGCCUCCGAGCUGAUCUCGCUGAAGAGCGCACUGUUGGUCCUCGAGGCACAGGGCACGUUCCGCGGGCUGGUUUGGCCCGGCUCUGUCGGGACGGUGCCCAUUUCGGAGGCUCUCGAGCAAGGGAUGAUGAGGGUCGAGGUUGGGCACAGCGCACUUUCCAAGCGGCACUGUGUGGCAGGGCUAUUCUGGAUGGAAACAGCAGAAGCCGUCUCUCUGGAGCAGUCGGUGGCCUCCGGGAUCUGCGACGAGGCCCUCUGCCGCACAUUGAGUGCCACUCACGUCCCGGACAGCAUGGGCACACGUGGAACGAGGACUCAUGCAAAUGAGGGCGAUGAACAAAUUAUCAGUGUGCACCCCUCUCCAAGUAUCCCCCUGUGUAGCAAGCUUUGCACGGUCUCUCACGUCUCUCAGAUGAAAGGCAUAUGUGCAGUGCAGGGAGAUUGGGUGCAGGUUGUGGGCGAGCAUGCCUCCACAACAGAAGCCCACAUCUUAAUGGGCCUGGAAGUCGAGCUCAUAGAGUUUAUACGGGGACACAGCUACAUAAACGCGCUGACGGGCGACCGGUUGGUUAUGGUGGACCGAGAUUUCCCUUGCCUUGAGGGAAUCGCCCGUGAGAUUUGCAAGACGGCCGCGGCGGAGUGCGAGGGUGCAGACGGAUACUCUACGGGGAGUGAAGCCAUUGUGCCAGACUGUGAACAAAUCUCAGGAAGAGAAAAGAAACGGGAUUUUUACACAUGCCCACAGCAGGACUGUGCAGGCUACGUGUGCGACAGUUUUAAUGUGAAUAACUCCUUGGAUAUUUUUGAUAUGUCGAUGAAGAGUUGUGACAAUGCCGUUCGUCAAGAUGACAUGGCUGGUUCAUUGAAUGCACAGCAGGACUGUGGUGGUAGAGUCAAUGGGGCCGAGAGGGAUGGAAGUACUCGUGAACAUUUUAAAAUAUUUAUUCCAGAAGAAAAUGCUGAACCCAUGAGUGAAGUGGAUUGCAGCAGACCAAAAAUGCGAGACCAAAGAGAAGGGUGUGCAGGAACAGACGAGGAAGCCACCGUUAGUAGAAAUGUAGAAACGUCCUGCACAGUAAAACGUGAAGUGGAGCAAGAGCUAAAUUAUAAAACUAAUUUGCACAAUCAGAGUGAUUUCUGUGAAGGCGUAAUGUCAGUAAAUAACACAAACCUCGAAUUAGAAGAAGCAACCCGUGUAGCGCUUCAAACUGUGAAACGUGCAUCGUUGAAAGCGAUUGCUGAAGGCAUAUCUUUAAUACAGAACGAACAUUCUCACAAACCACAAGACAGAUGGCCAUCACACGAAGAUACGUGUAUGGAUAUUCCUCGCGAUGGUGUGACGUGUUCUCUAGACAUUAUAGGCCAUGCAAAGCCAACGGAAAGCACUUCACGAACCAAAGAGGAUGAAGAUCACUCCCGGGUUGACAAUGGAACUCCCUCUGUGGGCAUGGAUGAGUGCGAUGACUCUGAUAGCAAUGAAUUCUGGGACUCGCAGAUUUACAUUUUAGACCAAAGCCGACUCGAUGAUGCAUCUCCCGUGUCAAACAUAGCGCCGUGCGUGCACCUAUCAUCUCUGCAAUCCCAGGCCACUGCGGGGCAGUGUUUGAGGUCACCUCUCAAUGCAGAGAUCAUGACGGUGCAAGAUCUGCUGAACGACAGGCUUAUUAGCUUGGAAAAUGCCAGAGACCUUCUAGAACGCCAGAUUCAAGCCGGAGGCAUCAUGGACAGCAGUGGCAAACAGCUUAGCCUCCAGGAGGCCGAAGGGGCGUUUAUUGUUGAACCAGCUCUUGCUACAUGUUUACAGGUAGCUUUUUUGGCAGCGCAAGGUUUUCCAGACCGAAGCAAGGGCAAAAUAUCGCUGUUUGAUGCUAUCGGGAAAGGUCUUGUGGGUGCGGCUGAAGGCACAAGGCUGCUCCGUUUUCAGGCCGAAAGUGGUGGCAUUUUGGACCCAUCGACGGGUCAACGGUAUGGGCUGGGAAUGGCCGUGGACCUGGGAUUAGUGGACACAGAGGCGGUGAUGGACGUUUGGAUGUCUCAGCUGAGGGACAGAGGAGCGAUCUGCGACAGUGUGGGUGGUCCCUGGAUGACGCUCGACGAGGCAGUGGACAACGGGACCUUGCCAAUGCAGGCGGCGUUGAAGGUGUACGAAAAUCUUGGACUUUUCGGCGGGUUCGUGGAUAACCAUGCACAGGAAUUCAUGACGAUCUCGGAAGCUCUGGAAGAGGGUAUUUUUGAUGCUAAGCUGGCGCAAAGAGUGUUCAAGCCAGAAAAGAUAAUUAGCGGUGUGAUACAUCCGACGACGGGAAGGGUUCUCACUGUGAGUGAUGCUGUCAACACCGGUCUCCUCGACAUGGAGACGGGCCUGAGAAUUUUGGAGACACAGGUGUGCGCCGGCGGGGUCACAGACCUCCGGCGCAAGAAGAAGUUGUCGGUCACACUCGCCGCCAAGCUGGGGCUCGUGGUUGGAGGGGCGCCUGGUGUGGAGGCCCUGAUGAAGCUAGAAAAGGCGUCCAGGGGGAAGAAUGUGGACGCAGCGACACGGCAAAAGCGAGCAUCAAUCUGCAUGGAGACCGAGGGUCUCAUUGACCCCCAAACCAAAAGUCUGGUCACCCUACCCGAGGCGGUUGACAGGGGCCUGCUGGACAAAGAGACCGCCAUGCUGCUGCUCAGAAAGCAGAUUGCACAUGGAGGGGUCGUGCACCACCAGUCGGGACUGAGGCUGCGCCUGAGCGACGCUCUGGCACGUGGGCUCGUGGAUGAGGACACCGUGGAGGAGCUGUCCUGGGUUGAGCAGGCCUGCCGACAGGGUUUCGUGCACCCGGAGACGAUGGAGGCAGUUCCUUUAGCACAUGCCAGGGAGAUGAAGAUUUUGGAUGAGAGAGCGGCAGAGGAGCUUGAGGCUCGGCUCGCAGAAUGCGGCGCCGUGUUCGACUUCAGGUCGGGCAGGACGGUCGCCCUCAAGAAGGCCGUGUCCCUAGGCAUCCUGAGCGAGUCGGCCGUGGUGAGGGCUGGCGAAUCGUGGGAUGUGACACACGGCCUCCUGGAUCCCGACAGCUGCCAGAUCGUGUCGUACGCGUCGCUGGUGCAGAAGGGUAAGACGGACGUGCGCACGGGGCAGCGGUUCCUCACGACCGAGCUGUGGAACGGCGUGGAGAACGAGGAGACUGGCGAUCGCAUGACGCUGCUGGAGGCGGUGAGGGCGGGGCAAGUGGAUGCCGUGCCGGCACUCCGGGCCUUGCAAGCUCAGGCCGACACUGGUGGGAUUGUGGACAUAUGUUCGGGCGAGAGAAUCUGCAUUGUCGACGCCCUCAAAAACGGCAUGCUGGACGCGGCCACGACGAGUGCAAUUUUGGAGAAUCAGCUGGCCAAUGGGGGCAUCGUGGACAUUUGGUCUGGUGAGAGGAUGACGCUGGAUGAAGCGCUCGUAAGAGGUCUAUUGACUCGUGACAUCUACCAAACACUAAAGGCCAAGAGUAGCUCCGUGUCGGAAAAAUCCGACGCAGUGAGUAAAAGCGCUCAAAUUCCAAAGAAUUCACCUGCAAACAAUAUUCCAGCUGUUUCUGAAAUAACACACAAUGAAAAUGAUCCUCGUAAACAGAAGCAAUCUCUGGCAGAGAAAACACACGAGCAGCAGUGUCAGAGCCAUCCCGCAAAUGAUGCGGUUAUUCCUGAAAUAGAGUCGAUUUCCAAACAGUUUUCGCACGGCACGGAGAACAGUGCUCUUGCUUUUGCGACAGUAAUAUCGAUUGAGGAAGCCGGAGGCAAAACGGUGCGAGCACUGCACGAUCAUUUCACGCGCGGCUUGCAAAACGACAGGGAAGUUUUUGAAGCAACAGAAGAAAUGGUCGAUGGCAAUCUCGGUGAACGCGCCAAGAGCGGCAUACACGAUGCAGGCCAAGGGAUUUGCGGGUUUUCGUCAAGUGACACAGAAACGGAGGUGGAGGGGCAAGAAGUAAAAGUGAAGAAAGUUGAUGGUGAGGAGAGCGAUGCGGAUGGCGAUGCGGAUGUUGAUUAUGGAGCACGGCAAGGACCCGGAAGUCAUCGAGCGAACGUUGACGCAGUGAAACGUGGACGUGGGCGAUCGCCCGGGCAAAUUGUUGGUGAGGAGACGAAUGAGAUGGGCAUUUCACAGGGGAUGUUGGAGAAGGCUGGAAAUGUGAAUAUGACCGAUGGCACUGAAGUUGGGGAAAAUUUGGAGCGCGGACGCAGGGAAAUUGUUGACGAGUGGAUGAAUGAGAUGCGCUCUUUGGAGGGAAUGCAGGAGAAAGCCGAAACAAUUGCGGUAAAUCUGAUACGUUCACAAGAAUCGCAACCGAAAGAAGCUUUGGGCAAAUGUGACCCCGUGGCCGAUUCCUCAAAACAGCAUCCACUGAGCAAGCAGCAGUGUCUGGAGCACUUUGAGAAUGUGAUGAGGUUGAUUUCGUUGGUUCUGGACGUGAGGGUUCGACAGAAGAGCCUACAGCGAAGCGGUAGUGAUGUCGAUAUUGAAGAUCAGCUCGAUCGAUUGCGGCUGUUCGAGGAGGAGUUGUCCUCGCUGGAGUGCGAGGCCUCCCGGGAGCUGGAGCACGUGCGGGCCGCCCUUUGCAACGCGAGCCCAGCCGUGCCCGCUGAGCUCCUCCAGGCUCUUGGCAAGGACUCGGCCAACCUGAGCAAAUGCCUGCGGUCGGCUCGCCAAGCCUCCUCCGCCCAGCGGGAGGCGCUGACGGAGGGCCUGCGUAAAGCCAAAGAGCUAAGAGAGCAGAAGGCCGCUUGUCCAAUACUGACCGCAGAGGAGGUCACGGAGAGAGGUCAUGUACACGAGGAGAAGCUGAACGUGGAGAGCAAGCGGGAGGAGUUCUCCCGGCGGCUGGACGAGCUCGAGUCGUGGCUCGCGGAGGCGAAGGGCGCGCUCGCGAGCCAGCCCGUGAGCGGCGAGCUGCUCGACAUCCAGAGGCAGCAGGAGAACCACCAGGCGCUGCAGAGGGAGCUGAUGGGGCGCGGCGCAGAGGUGACCGCCACGGUGUGCGCCGUGCGCGACUUCCUGCGCGAGAACGGCGCCCGCCUCGACCCCGAGUACGUGGCGCGCACGGAGGAGCGUCUGAACGCACUCGGCAGCCUCCACGAGGCCGCGACGCGGCUCUCCGGAGAGGCGCAGCAGAGGCUCAACGAGGCGCUCGGAGACGUCAUCAAGCAGCAGACCGAGAAGGUGGCGACGGAGGAGCAACUGGAGGACAUCCGCGGGAAGACGGGGGCCCUGCUGCAGUGGCUCACUGAGCUGGAGUCCCGGCAACAGCGGACGAAGGAGGAGGAGGAGGGGGAGGAGAUGGACGGGUCCCGGUCCCCUGAGAUGGGGAGCGUUGGGUUGUCCGAGUUGCUCCAGCAAGCGAAGGCCGAGCACCGGGAGGUCCUGUCUCGGCAGCAGGCCGUCAUCGUGGCCACGCAGCUCUGCCAGGCGCUGCUCGAGCGCCACGCCUCCAGGCUGGCGCCCGACGACGUGGCGCGGCUGCGGCAGGCGUGCCACGACCUCGGGCUCCGCUACGACGCGGCGCUCGCCCGCUCCGGGGCGCGCCUGCGGCCGCUCGAAUCCGCGAGCGACGCCCUGGCCAAGCUCGACGGCGACUGCGCCGAGUUCGAGGCGUGGCUGACGAGCGCCCGGGACGUCCUCGCGACGUCGUUCGCCGGGAGCGGCGGCGAGGAGGAGGAGGAGGGGGUGGCCGCGGAGGACGAGGACGUUCUGGCCGCGAGGUUGCGCCGGCAGCGCGAGUUCGCGGAGGACGUGGUGUCGCGACGUGGCGACCUGCGCUACCUGGGCGUGGCGGCGCGCCGCGCCGCCGAGACCUCGGCCUCCGCGGGGCCCGAGGUGGCGGCCGUUUGCGGCGGCGUCCGGCGGCGGCUCGAGGGCAUGGAGGCGCGGUACAGCACGCUGCACGUCGAGUGCGUGCAGCUGGGCUCCCGCUUCUCGGAGGCUCUCGCCCUGCGCGCCGAGUUCCAACGCGCGUCGGCCGAGCUGAGCGAGCGGCUUCGCGCGGCGGAGGGCCGCGACGCCGGCCAGGCCGCCGAGCCUGCCGCGUCGGAGCCCGCGGGGCUGCAGAGCCAGCUGGACCAAGCGACGGCACUUCAAGGUGACGUGUCUACCCUUCAGCCGAUGCUGGAGAAGCUUAAGCGAUCAACCUCUUUGCUGCUCGAAGUUGGAGAAGAUCUCGGCGUGAAUCGGCCGGAGAUUGAACAGGCUCUUGACGAGCUGACGGCGCGUGCGGACUCCCUGCGCGCGUCCGCGGCAGCGCGGAGCGAGCAGCUGCGGCGGGCGGUCUCACGCUCGCUGGGCGCGCGCGAGGGCCUCGACGCCGCCGCCCGGUGGCUCGCGGAGGCCGAGCGCGAGGCCGCGAGGGACGCCCCCGGGGCCGCUGUCGUCCGCGGCGGCCCGCGACGAGGUGGCCAAGAACGAGGUGGGUCGCCGCUCCUGAAGGGAGAUGCGGAGGUGGCCAUGCAACAGGAGCUGGCGAGCCACCAGGGCGGGCUGGCCACCAUCGCCGAGAGGCUCGGAGAUCCGGCGAGCGCCGCCGAGGAGCCACCGGGCGGCGGGAUCCUCCGCGAGGAUCUCUCCGCCGUCACCCGGCGCUUCGGCAAGCUCUCCACGCAGUGCGAGGAGCGCAAGGAGAAGUUGCUACGGCUCACGGAGAAGGUGGAGGAGUUCGAAGAGGGGGCCGCCUCCUUGCAGCGCGCCAUUGCCAAGGACUCGCAGGCCUUUGAGAAGGAAGCCAAUGGGCCAAAUGCUGACCUGGAGCAGAUAGCAAAACUUCUGGAGGAGUCGGCCGGAGAACUGGCGAAUCGGCGCAAGGCCCUGGAAGGGUUGCGCGGCCUCCUCGCCGGUGACCUCGCCGACCCGAGCCCCUUCGCGGACACCGGCGGCCUGGCCCGCACGCUGUCCGUCCUCGGCGAGUCGUGCGAGGCCCUGGAGCGAGCCCUCCACGCCAGGGAGGAGAACCUGGCCUCGUGCCGCCAGCAGAUGGAGCAGUUCCAGUGCGCCAUCGCUGAGGUGCAAGCCUGGCUGGAGGAGGCGGAGUCCCGCGUUCCGUCGGAGCAGACCACGCUGAGCACCGACGCACUCCAGGAGCAGCUGAGCUCAGUGCAGACGGUGCUGACCGAGUGGGAGGGGAAGGCCAGCGCGGUGCGGGGAGUGGUUGAGAGGGCGAGCGAGGCCGCGCGGGCCCGGAGCUCGGUGACGCCGCCAGCCCACGACGCCGCUCCCACACCCGACGUGCUGGAGGUACGACGGGAGGCCCUUGCCGUCGAGGCACGCUACUCCGACCUGGGCGUGCGUCUGCGCGAGCGCUCCGGUCGCCUCUCGAGUGCCCUGGCGAGGACCUCGUGGGUGCUGGACGAGGCCGACGCUCUGCUCGCCUGGCUGGAGGAGCGGGCGCAGCUCACGGCCGCCUGGGGCCCCGUGCCCGCCGAGCCCGACGCCGUGAGGGCGGAGGCCGACAAGCACAAGGCCUUCCAGGAGGACCUGGAGGACAAGGCCCCGCACAUCCAGAAGGUGACGCAGCUGCUGACCGAGCUUCUGGAGUCGUCCGCGGACGAUCCUGACGCGGACGCCCUGCGCAAGCGGCUGGACAACAUCGAGCUCGGCUGGAGCGAGGUGCGGGCGGGGGCGGAGGAGCGGGCGCGCCGUCUGGAGGAGUCUUGCGGCCUCCACGAGACGUUCAGCGCCGCCCUGGCGCAGCUCUCGCCGUGGCUCGCCGAGAAGCGGCUCAUGGCGAGCGUGCUGGGGCCGCUGGCGCUCGACCCCAACAUGCUGACCAAUCAAAGGCAGCAAGUGCAGUUCAUGCUGCGCGAGUUCGAGACCCGCAAGCCGCAGCACGAGCAGCUGAACCGCGUGGCACGAGGCAUCCUCGGCGACGGCACGGAUUCCGCCAAAGACGGCGGCUCCGGAGAGGUGGAGGAGGAGGAGGACGAGGAAAACAAGGCCCUCCUGCGUGAGCAGCUGGCGUCGGUGAACGCCGCCUGGGACGGCCUGACCGGGGAGCUCCGCGACCGAGCCCAGAGGGUGGAGGACGCCGUGCGGGAGAGCGGACGGCUUGCCUCGGCCCUGGCCCAGCUGGCGGAGGGCACGGCGGCACUGGCGCGCGGCCUGGACGAGGGGCAGCCCGCCGUCGCGGCGACGCCGGACGCGCUGGUGGCGCAGCUGCGGCGGGCGGAGGAGACGAGGGCGGCGGCGGCGGCGCUGGCGCCCGUGGCCGAGGAGGCCCGGGAGCGGAGCGAGAAGCUCGGGGACGUCGUCGGCGAGGCCUACCUGCAGGCCGAGCUCAGGCGGAGGCUCGACGUCGCACUCCAGCCGUUCAAGGAGCUGGAAGAAAGAGCGAAUAAGCACCUGGAGCUGGUGCAGGAGGCGCUGCAGUGCUCGCGGAAGUUCUCCGAGUCUCUCGAGGAGCUGACAACGUGGGUGACGGAGAUGCGUGCCGAGCUGGCCCGGUUCCCCCCGGUGUCCAUAGAGCACGGGUCGGUCCAGGCCCAGCUGGAGCGGCAGGAGGAGUUCCUGGGUCGCGUGACGGCCCGCGAGGGCUCCUUCCAGACGAUCGUCGCGGACGGCGAGGUCGUGGCGCAGGUGCCUCUGGGCCCGUCAGGAGCGGAGGACGCGGCGUCGCUGGGUGGCCGGCUGGCCGAGCUGAAGGCGCGGUGGGAGGAACUGACGACGGAGGCGACGGCGAGGCGCAAGGCGAUCCACAGGUGCGCCAAGAAGGUGCAGCGCUUCGAGGAGUUGAGGGAGGAGAUCAUCCGGCGCUUGACGGAGAGCGACGAGAGGCUGGGACAGGUGGGCGAGGUGACCCUGUCGCUCGAGGAACUGGAGUCGCGGCUGGCGCAGACACAGGGCCUCCGACAGGACGUCGAGAAGCUGCAGGGCCCCCUGGAGCUGCUCACGUCUGCCGGCAGGGACCUCGCCGAGAGCUGCCCGACCGACGCCGACUUCGUCGAGGGGCAGACGGCCGACAUCGGCCGGCGCGUGGACUCCGCGUUGGGCGAGGUGCAGACCAAGCUCGAGGUGACGGAGGCCGUCACCAAGCGGCUCAAGAGGUUCACGCGCGGCAUCCGAACCGUCCAGGAGAAGCUCGCCGAGUCCCGGCGGCUGCUGGAGAUGCACCGGUCCCUGGGAGCGCAGGCCGCCUCAAACGGCGGCCACCUGGAGAAGAUGAGGGCGUGCCGCGAUGGCCUGCACACGGCGCUGACGAAGGAGGCCGAGGACCUGCGGGCGGUCGCCCGCGAACUCGCCGAGCUGGCGCCGGGCGACGCGGCCGGCGCCGCCGAGCUCGCUGGGCAGGCGGAGCGGCUCGCCGGCGAGCUGGCCAAGGCGGCCGCGGCCGUGACGGAGAGCUGCGACGCCCUGGAGGAGAGGGCGCGAGGCCUCGGGCGCCUCCGCGGCGUCGCUCGCGACCUCUUCGCGCGCCUCUCCGACCUGUCGGAGGAGCUCGACUCGCAGGGCCCGCCGGGGAGGGCCCCCGACGCCCUCCGCUCGCAGCUCGCCGACAUCGACCGCGCGGCGGCGGCCACCGACCAACUCGGCCGGGACAUCGCCGACGCCGGGCUCGAGUGCCGUCGGCUGCUCGAGCAGGAGGAGGCGGAGGGGAAGGCGGGGAAGGCCGGGGAGCACCCGGGCGCCGGCGAGGCGGAGCAGAGCGUCGAGCUGCAGGGCAUGCGCCGCGAGACGGAGGCGCUGCAGAGGCAGUGCGCCCGCCUCGGCGAGAGGGCGGCGGCACGCAAGGAGGAGGCGCGAACGGCGCUGGAGCGCGUGGAGGAGUUCUACCGGAGCCUACGCCAGGUCACGGGCCUCCUGGAGCACGCCGAGGAGAAGGAGACCGCGCAGGGGCCCGUCGGGACGGAAAUCGACCUCAUCAAUCAGCAGAUGGCCGACUUCCAGGCGUUCCAGAAGAGCGACGUGGACUCGCUGCAGGUGGAAAUGCAGGCCCUCAACCGCCAGGCCCAGGCCCUCAUCCAGAGCGCGGCCAAGUCCGCCGACACGGGCGCUCUGGAGAGCGACGCCGACGAGACCAACAGCCGCUGGAACACGCUCAACACCAAGGUGGCCGAGCGGGCUGCCAAGCUGCAAGAGGCGCUGCUCCACUGCGGCAAAUUCCAGGAGGCCCUCGAGUCCCUGCUGGGCUGGCUCGCGGACACGGAGGAGCUCAUCGCCGGGCAGAAACCCCCCGCGGCCGAGUACAAGGUGGUACGGGCCCAGCUGCAGGAGCAGAAGCUGCUGCAGCACCUCCUGGACGACCACCGGCCGAGGGUGGAGGUGCUACGGCGGGAGGGCGAGCAGAUCGCUGAGCUGGCGGAACCCGCUGAGAGGGAGCGGAUCCUCGGGGAGCUCGCCUCUCUCUCGCACCGCUGGGAAGCCUUGCUCGCCGCGGCCCAGGAGAGGCAGCGGCAGCUGGAAGCCAUCCUGUCGGUGGCACGGAGGUUCCACGACACACUCGAGCCACUGCUCGACUGGCUCACGGCCGUUGAGAGGCGGCUGUCCAACGCCGAGCCCAUCGGCACGCAGACCGCGGCCAUCCAGGAGCAGAUAGAUCAGCACAAGAUUUUACACGAGGAGAUUGUGUCACGGAAGCAGGAUGUGGACCAGGCCAUCAAAAACGGCCACGCUCUGCUAAAGCAGACCACAGGCGACGACGUCCUGCUGAUCCAGGAGAAGCUGGACGGACUCCGCGGCCGCUACGGGGAGGUGUCGGCCUCCGGCUCCCGGGCCCAGCGCGCCCUCGAGAAGGCCCUCGGCCUGGCCGUGCGCUUCCACGCGGCGCGCGACGAGCUGGGCCAGUGGCUCGACGCCACGGAGGAGGCGAUCGCGGCCUACGACCGCGACGAGGAGGCCGGCGGGGAGCAGCUCACCACGCUGCAGGGCAGGCAGCAGGACCUGCGCAAGCAGGUGAUGGAGCGGCGCGUGCUGCUGGACACGGUGAACGAGGUGGGCACGGCGCUGCUGGCGCUGGUGCCGUGGCGGGCGCGCGACGGCCUGGACGCCGCGGUGGCGCAGGACAACGAGCGCUACGCGGCCGUGAGCGACGCCGUGGCCACGCGCACGAAGCGCGUCGAUGCCGCCGUCCAGCGGUCGCAGCAGUUUGAGCAGGCUCUGGACGCUGAGAGGGCCUGGGCAGCCGAGACGCAGCGGAAGCUGGAGGCACUGGGAGACAUCCGCUUGGAGCCUGAGCAGACCAUGUCACAGCUGCAGGUGCAGAAGGCAUUCACCAUAGACAUCCUGCGACACAAGGACUCGCUGGAGACGCUGGAGCAGACGAUGGUGGAGGUGGGAGCGACGUGCAGCGAGGAGGAGAACGGCGCCCUGCAGGCAAAGCUAGCGCUCCUGCGCGGCGAGUUCGAGGCGGCGAGUGGCGCCAACGCGGAGCGGCUGGAGCGGCUGGAGCGCGCCCACACGCUGGCGUCGCAGUUCUGGGAGACGCUGGAGGAGCUGGAGCCCUGGCUGGGCGAGACGCGGGCCGUCCUGGCCUCGCUGGGGCCGCCCGCCGUCGACCCGGACGCCCUGCGGCAGCAGCAGGACGAGCUGCGGCACCUGCGCGAGACGAUCGCGGAGCACAAGCCCCACGUGGAGCGGCUGCGCAAGACCGGGCCCCGGCUGGCGGAGCUGAGCGCCGGCGAGGGCGGCGCGGUGCGGGACAAGCAGGCGUCGUGCGAGCAGCUCUACGCCGCCAUCCGCGACGAUGUGCUCCAGCGGGCGCGAGCCCUCGACGAGGCCGUCGAGCUCUCCUCGCAGUUCCACGAGAAGAUCGAGCCGAUGCUGGAGGCGCUCGAGCGGAUCUCGGAGCGGCUGCGCUCGCCGCCGCCCGUGCCCGCCGAGACGGAGAAGCUGCGCGACCACCUGUCGGACAACCGCGCCGUCGCCACCGAGCUCGACAAGCUGGAGCCGUCGUUCAAGGCGCUGCGGGCGCGCGGCGAGGAGCUCGUCGCCCGCUCGCUCGCCCUCGACGCGCCGCCGCCGCCGCCGGAGGGCGGGCGGCAGAGGACGGCGUCCGUGUCGUCCGAGGAGGGGUUCGCCGCGAGAGGCGUACAGGAGCGCAUGGACCGCUUGGUGUUCCUGUGGGGCGACAUCGCGGCGCGUGCGGAGGAGCGCGAGGGACACCUCCUGGACGUGCUGGAGCUGUCGGAGCGCUUCUGGUACGACCACGCGGCCCUGGCGGCGACGCUGCGCGACGCCCACGACGCGCUGCGCGACCUCGGCGACCCCGCCCUCGACCCCUCGCUCAUCAAACUCCAGCAGGAGGCGAUGCAGGCCCUGAAGGAAGACUCGGACGGCCUGCAGGCCGAGCUGGACACCCUGGGUGGAGUGGGCUGCGAGCUCAUGGCGGCCUGCGGCGACCCCGACAAGCCUGAGGUGAAGAAAAGCAUCGACGAGCUGAACAGCCUGUGGGAGACCGUCAACCGCACGUGGAGGGAACGAAUGGAGCGGCUGGAUGACGCCAUGCAGGCCACCAUCCAAUUUCAGGAUGCGCUGCAGGGCAUGUUCGACUGGCUGGACAUGGCGGAGGCAAAGCUGGCAGCCAUGCCGCCAGUGGGCACCGAUCUCGAGAGCGUCAAGCGGCAGAUGGAGGAGCUCAAGGCGUUCAAGGCGGAGGCGUACGGCCAGCAGAUGGAGAUGGAGCGGCUGACACACCAGGGCGAGCUGCUGCUGCGGCGCUGCGAGGAUCCCCCGCAGCAGGAAGUGCUAAGGUCUCCCCUGGUCGAGCUGCGACGUCGGUGGGACUCACUCGACGGCAAGAUCGUCACGCGACAGCACAAGCUGGAGGCGUCGCUGCUGGCGCUGGGCCAGUUCCAGCACGCCCUCUCCGAGGUGCUUGCCUGGCUGGGCCACACGGAGCAGCUCCUGGCCGAGCAACGCACGGCGACCGGAGACCCCCGGCACAUCGAGAUUGAGCUAGCGAAGCACCACGUCUUGCGGAAUGACGUGCUGGCGCACAAGUCCACGGUGGAGAGCGUGAGCGAGGCCGGCGGCCGGCUGGUGCGGCAGGCGGACGGCGAGGAGGCGAGCGCCUUGCGGGGCCGGCUCGGCAACCUGGGCCGCCGCUGGGAGGCCGUGCUGAAGCACACGGAGGAGAGGCAGCGCCAGCUGGAGGCCGCCCUCAAGCAGGCCCAAGGCUUUCAGGGAGAGGUGCAAGGCCUGAUGUCGUGGCUGGCGCGCCUGGAUGGUCAGAUGGCGAUGGCGCGACCCCCGGGUGGCCUGCCGGAGACAGCGCGCGAGCAGCUCAACGCCCACCUGGAGUUGUGCCGGGAGAUGGAGGCGCGCGAGGCCCCGUACUACGACCUGCUGGAGCGUGGGCGCCAGCUGCAGGACACCGGCGAGGAGGGGGCCGCGCCGCCGCCGCCGCCGCCGCCGCCGUGCAACGGCGCCCAGCAGGGCCUGCGCGCCCUGCAGCAGCGCUGGGACUGCGUGCGCGCCAAGCUCAACGAUAGGAAGGCCAAGCUGGAGGAGGCGGUCUCCGUGGCGACAGAGUUCCACAACUCUCUGCAGGAGUUCAUCGUGUGGCUUACGGCGGCCGAGCGAACCAUCGGCACGGCCACGGCCCCGAGCCUCGUGCUCGACACGGCGCUCUUCCAGGUCGAUGAGCACAAGAUCUUCGUGACGGAGCUGAACGGGCGGCGCGAGGCGCUGGUGGAGCUGGAGCGAGCCGGCGCGCAGCUCAAGCUCGCCGCGCCCAAGCAGGACGGCGCCCUCAUCCGCAACCUCCUGCUCAGCGUGUCGGCGCGCUGGGACAAGGUGGCGCAGCGCUCCCUCGAGCGCAGCCGCGCGCUUGAGGACGCGCGCAAGCGCGCCAAGCAGUUUCACGAGUCGUGGAGUGGGCUGAUGGGCUGGCUGGAAGAGGCGGAGCGGAACCUGGACACGGAGCUGGACAUCGCCAAUGACCCCGGCAAAAUCAAGUGCCAACUCUCCAAGCACAAGGAGUUCCAGAGGGCGCUGGGCGGGAAGCAGCCGGCGUACGACGGGACGGCACGCGGCGGCAGGCUGAUGCGCGAGCGCGCCACCCAGGAGGACGACAAGCAGCGGCUGGACGACAUGCUCAGCGAGCUGCGCGACCGCUGGGACACCGUGUGCGGCAAGUCCGUGGAGAGGCAAAACAAGCUGGAGGAGGCUCUGCUCUUCUCGGGGCAGUUUGCCGACGCCCUGCAGGCUCUGGUCGACUGGCUGUACCGCGUGGAGCCGCAGCUCGCCGAGGACCAGCCCGUUCACGGGGACCUGGACCUCGUGCUCAAUCUCAUCGACUCGCACAAGGUGUUCCAGAAAGAGCUGGGCAAGCGGAGCGGUGGCGUGGCCGCCCUGCGCCGCUCGGCACGCGACCUGGCCGAGUCGUCGCGGGACGACGCCACCUGGGUGAAGGUGCAGAUGGCGGAGCUGGGCACCCGCUGGGACAGCGUGUGCCGCCUGUCCGUCACCAAGCAGGCGCGCCUCGAGGUGGCACUCAAGCAGGCGGAGGAGUUCCACGCGGCCGUCCACUCGCUGCUUGAGUGGCUGGCGGAGGCCGAGCAGACGCUGCGCUUCCACGGGACGUUGCCGGAUGACGAGGAGGCCCUCUGCACCCUCAUCGAGACGCACAAGGAGUUCAUGAAGAAGCUGGAGGAGCGACUGGCGGAGCUGAACCGGGCCACGGCGAUGGGGGAGGCCAUCCUGGGGCUCAGCCACCCGGACGCCGUCACCACAAUCAAGUACUGGCUGACCAUCAUCCGCGCCCGCUUUGAAGAGGUCAUGGCCUGGGCCAAGCAGCACCAGCAGCGGCUGGAGACGUUCCUGGAGGAGCUGCUGCAGAACGCCCAGCUGAUGGACGGCCUGCUGUCGUGGCUGCAGCGUGCCGAGGAGACGCUCGCAGGCCGCGAGGCCCAGCCCGUGCCCCAAGACCUCGACCAGGUCAAGACGCUCAUCGCUGAGCACCAGGCGUUCAUGGAGGAGAUGACGCAGAAGCAGCCGGACGUGGACAAGCUGACCAAGACGUUCAAGAGGAAGCAGCCAGCCGAGGCGCACUCACACAUCCCCACGCUCGACCGGACGCGCGGCAAGAAAAGAGUGGGCAUGGCCGGGCCGUCUCCGGGUCCCGCCCUAGGGCCCUCUCCCCUGGACGCUCAGAACCCCCGCGUCAACCUGUUGUUCAACAAGUGGCGCCAGGUGUGGCUCAUGGCCUGGGACCGGCAGAGGAAGCUCCAGGACGAGCUGGACCGCCUCACCGAGCUGAAGGAGUUUGCCAGCUUUGACUUUGAUGUGUGGCGAAAGCGCUACAUGCGCUGGAUGAACCACAAGAAGUCGCGCGUCAUGGACUUCUUCCGCCGCAUCGACAAGGACCAGGACGGGCGAAUCACGCGGCAGGAGUUCAUGGAGGGCAUCCUGUCUUCUAAAUUCCCGACGAACCGCCUCGAGAUGAGCGCAGUGGCCGACGUCUUUGACCAGGACGGCGACGGCUGCAUGGAUUACUACGAGUUCGUCGCCGCUCUGCACCCCAACAAGGACGCCUACCGCCCCCUCACCGACGCCGACAAGAUUGAGGAUGAGGUGACGAGACAGGUAUCCAAGUGCCGGUGUCCCAAGCGCUUCCAAGUGGAGCAGAUCGGAGACAACAAGUACCGGUUUUUCCUGGGGAAUCAGUUCGGCGACUCGCAGCAGCUGCGUCUCGUGCGCAUCCUGCGCAGCACCGUCAUGGUACGAGUGGGGGGCGGCUGGAUGGCGCUGGACGAGUUCCUGGUCAAGAACGACCCCUGCAGAGCUAAAGGGCGCACGAACCUGGAGCUGCGCGAGCGCUUCAUCUUGGCGGAGGGCGUGAGCCAGGCGCUGGCCCCCUUCAGGCCCAAGGGCCGACGGUCGAGGCCCGACUCGCGCGGCGCGUCACCCACGCGCUCCAACUCCAGUCCCAGCAACCACAGCACGUCGCCCGCCAACCACCAGCAGCAGGCCGGCAGUGCCGCCGGUCCGGGCGGCUCGGCGCCCACGAGCCCGCCGCCUCACACCGCGUCAACCACGACGCGCAAGUCCGGCGCGACCACCACCAGCAGCAACAACAACAACCACGGGGAGACGGGUUCCACCACGGGCAGAUCGACCAAUGGAAACAAGAACACACCGGUCCACAGCAGCCGACUGAAGCAGCCGGGAUUUCUCACAGACUCGCGCAAGCUGCAGUCGAGCCGCCCCAGCAGCCGCCCGGGCAGCCAGGCGGGCAGCCGCCCGGGCAGCAGGCAGGGCAGCCGCGCCGGCAGCUGCACGAGCAGCCGGCGCGGCUCCGACGCCUCGGACCUCGACGUGUCCGACCUCACGUCGCUCUGCUCCGACGCGAGCGAGCUCCAGCCGCAGCUCCGCCCGCAGCAGCAGCCGCACGCCGGCGCGGCGACCGCGGCCCCGGGAGGCCUCCUGCGUUCGUCCGGCACCGGCAGCCCCGUCAGGCCGCUCCGCACGGGGGGCCGAUCGUCUUCCGCCACGGCGCUCAAGCCGUCCAAGAUCCCGACGCCGUCCAAGAUGAAACAGCCCACGCCCGUGCGCGGUGGCACGGCCAAGAGAUAGCCGGCUGCUGCCGCGUUUUGUCGGUCGUGGUCUACUUGCCGUGCUUUUGCCCGGCGUCUCGUGCUCGUCGGGCACAGGCUGUGAGCGCUGUGCGCCCGGGAUCAGCUAUUCACGCGCUAACGCUGCAUGUCCCAUUCGUUGGUAAUUGGCGAGACGCCGCUUUAAUAUUGAAGUAACAUUUAAAAUAAAAAGUGCACAGGCGUACCCGGCGCGUGGCACAAAAAUAGAACGGCAAGAAAGCUCCGAUUAGAAUGGCGGAUACAUUUAAACGGAAGCUGCAGUGCUAUUAAUACUCUCGAUGCAUAUUCAAUGGGGUUGAUCGCAUUGGUAAAUUUUGUUUACGUCUGAUAAAAGUCGAAUGUUUUUUUUGUAAUGGUUAUGUGUAAUUAUGAUUCGUGACUAUGGGGCGACGCACUGAAGGCAAACAACAUAGCUGUGGGCUUGUGAAAUCGUGUAACACACUGGGUUGCAGGUUGUACUACAAUAUUGUUAUAUCUAUUGCUUGGGAACACAACUUCGAACCAUUGUUGUCCAGUAUUUGUGUUCGUAGGUGACCCGCAUGUUGGCGUCUCUAUAGCAGAAGGACAUUGCGUCGAUGAAGAUGCUGUUGUUUUUGCCGAACCCAACCCAUCCUAAAUGUAUAAGUCAAUUUACCGUGGCGUCUGAGCCAUGCAUAACGUGCACGCGAGACUCGCAGGCAAUUCGUAAUGCGACAGCGAAGGAUAAAGCGUAAAACUUAACACGGCACACCUGCGAGCGUGGGAGUACGAUCGCACGUAUUGACGUAUCGGGGGUCCGUCUGUGAAGUGUCGCGCGACGAAUGUGCGUUCGCAGUUGAUUAAAAAAUGUAACGCAAAAAAAAACUGACUUAAAAAGCAUAUUUUGCAUGGCACAAACUGGCUGUGGAAGGAAAUUGCACAGAGCCAUCUGGCUGAAGUGACGGAAUGGAGACGUUGAGCAUCGUACGCUAUCCUUCCACGGCCCAACAGAACGCUCGGGAUGGAUGGAGAUGCUUAAGGGUGCAUUAAAGGCAGGCCCGUCUCCUACUCCUCUCGGAUGGGGAGCAGGGGGGGAGAAGCGGUGCGGCCGUUGUGUUUGGGAGGCCACCGUAACAGUAAUACACACCGCUCAGGAGAGAGUGGACUUGGGUUGGCCCGAAGGGAUAUUCGGUGAUGCAGGGCCCACUCCAGCGCCACCCCCACCCCCCCCGCUGCAGCGCCCGCCGGCCCUGGCCCUGACUCGAGUUCUUCGUACGCGCUGCAUUGUGGACUAAAAUAGUGUUAAGCUGCCCUCGUGCGGGCUAUCCGCUUCGACUGAAUGCCCUUUUACGCAAGGGCUUGCCAUGCGGAGAAUAGUUUAGGGGAGCGUAUUUAAAAUAUAAGGAGGUAAGACUGCCUGGGCAGAGGACAAGGAUAGUCUUUUUUUCAUAGAGGGCAGCUGCCCUUCCUUAUCCCCCCCUCCCACCCCGGAGGCUCCAGUCUAGGCACACCUUUGCUAUUUAUCGACUCGUGAACCGAACUGUCAAUCGGCGUGAUCAAAGUGAUCAUGUUGACGCGUAACUUAUUUUGAUGUCACUGCGAAACGCACGCUGGUGCGUUUGCACGUAAGCUGAAUAUUGACGAUGAUGCAGUUGUUGCUGUUGUUGUGUGUGUGUAUGAUGAGGCGCUUGUGAAGUCCCCCAUGCAGCAAAAAAAUUGGAAAUAUCCCUUGAGUAGCAUGUAGGCUGCAAGUCAGGCGUUUCCAUGGCGACGGUGCCGUGAAGACACAAACUGGAAAGCAAAACAAAAAGUGAAGAGGGGAUCCUGGUUCAGUGACAGAGGUGGUGUGCGGGCGAGGGUUAGGGUCUUGUGGCAGGGCUAGUAUGUGUGCCUAGCUAGUGAGGGCUACGGAUUAUAAAUAGUUGACAGCUCAUGAGAGGUGGGGUGAGUGAUCGUGGUUGGUUCGCUAGGCUUGGUUUAAGGAUGGUUGGUUAACGGUAAGGAUAACACUCGUGACGAGUUGGCUAGUUUGAGUUGGGGGGGGGUAGUGGGAGGGCUAGUAGUCAUGGCUAGCUGCCUAGUUAAAUGUGGGGGACAUCAAUAAUAGUUCACAGUUAGCUAAUUAGGUGGUAGUGCUAAGUGGCUGGUUGGGUUAGUUGGCUAUGGAGAGCGGGAGAGCUAGCAGUCGUCGAAGGGGUAACAUUUGAUCGGCUCGCGUGCUCUGGCGACGAUCUGCGUGGGCCUCGUCCUCGCGAGCUGUCAAACCUCUUCAGUUGUUUUGAGUUGCCUUUCACGUCCGACGCUCACGGUGCGUCCCUCGAAUCGCAGUCGGAGCAUGUGUCUGGGUUUCUCGACGGCGAUUGUAAAAAUGCGUAAGAAUUAACACAAAAUAAACCGUGGCCGCGCUCCCGCAAAAAGCGUGAACGCGCGCGUUCGAACAUUAACGGCAAAAGAAAAAUAAAUGCGUCAAAAUACAGAGAAGAGAUGUGCUUUCGUCCGUGUGUAAGUGGUGCGUGGGGAAAUAAUAGCGGUCGCUUUGAAGACACCGGACAUCCACUGGCAGCGCACAUUUAAUUUUCAUCAUAAAUUAUUAUAAUUAUUAUUUACAACAGGCGAUGGGCACCUUGUCAGGCAGGAUAAAUAACGAUAGAGCAACACCCCGAGAGCACAGCAGAUUGGGAUCGAGGAGAUCAUAUUUAUAUAAACAACAGCGUACAGGGCAACAGGAAUUGCCCUCUCUUGUUGGCGGGGUCAGAUACAAUGCAGAGAGAGAGAGGCACGGCUUAUAUGCAGCAAAGUCUGGCUAGAGCGCAUACCGUUGAGAAGGUUGCUGGAAGGAAUUGGCCUCAAAAAGAUCUAGACCAGACAAUUUCUGAGUGGCACUCACACCAGGGACCUGCCAGCACUGUGAUUAAAAAACAACCCCACCGUGAUACAACGGUAAAGAAUGAUGGCAUUUUGCAGCAAUCCUAUAAUCGCUGGGAGCAGUUUUUGCAUGCUGACAAGCCCGUAUAGGCCAUGUUAAAUGCAAGUGCUUGUUAAUAUCGCUCAUAACGCCCUACAUUUGCCAUAAUAUUAAUUCUGGGGAGGGGAGGGGAGAAGUUUGAGUAAUGGCUGGGCUGAUUGGCAAGUAAUUGGUUAUCACAGAUAACCACACGGGCUCGUUAUGCCGUUGCCCGUUUCACCUCUUCGCAUCGGCGGCUGCGGGGUUUUGGUGUUAAAGGUCACUGUUGAAGGUCGCUGUCGAGCCGAGGAAUCAACGCGCAGCGUAUCAGCAGCCAGCAUGGUGGUGAACGAACGUGGUCGAGACGUACCGAUGAUGUCGGGCGCUGUUUUAAACCCACGUGGGUGGCGUGUAGAGCGGUGGUUCCAGUGGUUAUUGUCUGAAGGUCUCUUAAAGGUCCCCCACCCUGUCUGUCCCCGUAGCCUACUGUAGGUGUAGGAAAAGCGUGCGUGAACCCAGCUUAUUUAAUUUCUCGCCUUUCCGUUGUUGUUGCUCGUUUCAAAUGGCUUCGUUUUGAUUUGACAGUAUUUCGUUUGUUUAAUUUUUCAUAAUUGCUAUUAUUUAUGGCCAGACUACUACUGUUCCUUGGCUUUGUUGUCUGUACGCGGAUGCCCUCUGUGUGAGAGAGAGUGUGUAAGAGAUGGAACGUUUGCGAAAUGUCCUACUCGUCUGCUGCUAUAGCCACACAUUUUUUUCAAAAUUUUUCCCCCCGUUUUGCUUCUCUUGAGUUGUCCUGCUCCCGGUUGUCACGGCAAUUUUACUGUAAUCCAUUGCAUUACGACAUACUGUGUAACCCAUUACAUGCACACAUUUCCUUUUUGUAUCGAAGGCAACCUUGCUUGCAGUAAAACAAAAAAAAUACAAAAAGUGGUUACCAGCUCA